GCCCCCUGUUGCAUAGGCGGGGUGAUACGGUACCUAGGCAGGCUGGAUCUCUUUCACUGAAAGGGAAUCAGAAGAGGGAGCAUAGCUAACAGGAAAAGCGUUUGAAACUCCCCAGUCAUGUCUUUACCAUUCCGAAAGGACUAUGACAAGUAUAAGAAUAUUAAUGAGGACGAAAUACUUAACAAACUCUCAGCAGAUGAACUAAAACAGCUGGAGAACGUCCUUGAGGAACUCGAUCCUGAGAAUGCACUAUUGCCAGCUGGUUUCCGACAGAAGGACCAGACUACAAAAGAAGCAUCUGGAACAUUUGACAGAGAGCACCUCCUGGCUUAUCUACAGAAGGAAGCUUUAGAGCAUCAAGACAGAGAGGAUUAUGUGCCUUUUACUGGAGAAAAGAAAGGCAAAGUCUUUGUUCCUAAGCACAUGCCCAUUGAAAGGCAGCCAGAAGAGAAGGUGACUCUUGAGCCAGAACUGGAAGAAGCUCUUGCAAGUGCCACAGAUACUGAACUCAGUGACCUUGCAACUGUUCUUGGAGUUCAGCACUUUGCCAGCAGACCACAGGGAAAUGAAAAUGGGAACAAUGAUGAUGGUGAAAGAAGGGAUCUUAGAAUAGAUGUUGUCAAGGCUGAAAAGGUGAAACCCACAUUUGAGGAUCCUCCUAAUCCCACUAAUGUGGAAGAGAGUUUGCAGCGGUUAAAAGAAAAUGAUCCGUUUCUGCUGGAUAUCAAUUUAAACAAUAUUAAGAAUAUUCCUAUCCCAACGCUAAAGGAAUUUGCCAAGGCUUUAGAGACAAACACCCAUGUAAAAGCCUUCAGUCUUGCAGCUACAAGAAGCAAUGACCCAGUGGCUUUGGCACUGGCAGACAUGUUAAAAGUUAACAAAACGCUGAAGGGUCUUAAUGUGGAAACAAAUUUUAUAACUGGAAGCGGGAUCCUAGCACUUGUGGAAGCUCUGAAACAGAACAAGACCCUAACAGAGAUCAAGAUUGCCAACCAGAGGCAACAGCUCGGCACUGCUGUAGAGAUGGAAAUUGCUCAGAUGCUGGAAGAGAACUCAGCAAUUCUUAAAUUUGGCUAUCAGUUUACACACCAAGGCCCAAGGAUCAGGGUUGCCACAGCCAUUACAAAGAACAAUGACUUAGUUCGUCAGAAGCGAGUGGAAAGAGAACAUCAGUAGGAUGAAGGGAGACAACCUUCUGAGAAAUGCUGAAUCCUGUGGGGAAAGGCCCAGCAUGCUGAACACUAAAAAUGCACUUGUAUGAAUUCAGCCAUACAGUCUUAUUUUUUAAUGUCCAUUUAUUUAUAUUCAUUUCAUAAAAAUGCUGUUCUCUUGUGAUGUUAUGUACACAAGCUUUUCCUGAGAUAAGCAAGUCAUUGAAGAUGUUUCCCUGCCAGAUAUACUGAUAUUACUGUUGCCAACUGUAACAUACUGUAAUGUGAAAUCAACUAUUUCUAUGUUUGAUCUUUUCUACCUUCAGUGUUGCCAGUGUUGUACACACACUAUGAACCAAUAAUCCACGUAACACAAGAACCAACAUCACUUUGCUGCUUUGUGAUAUUAGAUAAGAUCUCCAUGUAGGAUACACACACACAUAAACCUAGUGCCAGAUGCUGAACAUACACAUACAAUGAAUGUAGAUUUAAUAUGAGAUAGUAUCUUUCCAAGAUGUGUAAUAUUAUAACAUAUAUAUAUAGUCAGUUCUCAUGCAUGCUUCAAUGUUGUAAAUUAUGUACUCCUUUUAUCUAUAGAAAUAUUUCUGUAGCCAACAUCUAUAAACCUUAGGUCUUAUAACAUGAUAUGCCCUCAGGAUAAGGCACUUCACUGGGCAUUGUACCAUUUUAAAAUUUAAAAUGCCAUCACUCUGAUCUGAAACAUGUAACAAGUAAGCCCUUUUUAUUUUCAUGCAGAGGACAGAUUCUCGGUUUCUCAGAAUCCCCAACAUUUCAAAGAACGGGCUUUUCUAACAUAAAGAUAGCUGCAUUGGUCGAAAUGGAAAACCGACCCCCCUUUACUUAGACAUGCAAUGGCAUGAGGGGCAGGUUUGUGUGUUGCCACCCAUCUGAUUUCCAGCAAGUCAGGUAGGCAGCAAACCACUUAAAUUCACCUCUUCAUAGACUUUAAUGGGAAUUGUUCUGACCCUGCCAUUCUGGCUGUGAUCACUGAUGGAUUUCUUUGUGAUAUUUGCCUGAUCCAUGGGUGCACCAGUAGGGUUAGAGAGAUUACAAUGAGGCAAGCUGGAGCAUUGCUCACACACACACACUGUGCUGGAAAUUGUGUUGACAGCAAAAUGCUUGAAUUCUCCCUAUGCACCAUAGGCCUAAGACCUGCAUUGCUAAGGGGUCUGAAAGCCAGCAUUUCACACCCCAGUUUGUAAAAUGCUAAAUCUCUAUUAGGUUUAAAUGGUGUUAUAUUACCUCAUUGCAUCUAUCAAUGUAAAAGUUUAAAACUGCUCCACUGCCUUGCUUUGUCUGAUAAGGCAUUUUUUCAUUCAUUGGAAUAGAAUCUGGCAAUAUAGUAAUUUUUCUGUCUGCAACUUAGAUUCUACUGUAUGUUGUUGACACUUAAAAGGGUAAGCCAAAUGUAUAUAUCCUACACAGCGACCACUCCAAGUUUCAAAUAUCAUGUUCUCCUAAGGCCAGAGUUGCAUUAUGUCUGUAAAUCCAUAAAUCUGAGUGAAGCUCAGAAUGCCAUUUUAUAGGUGCUCUCAGCCAAGGAUGCAGACACACCCGAUGUAUUCUUCAAUGGGGAAUCAUAUUUACAUCGGACUAAGUAGCAGUGUGAUAGUUUACAUGUUCAUACUAAUUGAUGCAUUUUUAUGCUUCACAUUCAUUUUAUAUAUAUAUAUAUAAAUAUAUGAUGUAAAUAAAAUACAGCUAUUAACUUAUAUGUGCAAUCUUUAUUGUGAGCCAUUGCUAUAAUAUUAAGACAAGGUGAAAAAGUAACAAUCUUGCUACUGAUAAAUAUUUUUAGAAUAUAACAUGCAAUGCUAAUAUUAGGGAUGCACCAAAUCCAGGAUUUGGUUUGGGAUUUGGCUAAGAUUCUGCCUUUUUCCGCAGGAUUCAGACUCAUUUGGAGUCCAUGCCUUUGGCCGAACCGAAUACAAAUCCUUAAAUCCCUACAUGAGUGGUUGUCUUUGUCCUUUCCAUAUCCUAAUUUGCAUACACAGAUUAGGAUUUGGUCCGUUACUUAGCUCAAUCCAUUGCGAAGGGUUUGCCCGGAUCCAAAAAUUGGAUUUGGUGCAUCCUUAGCUAAUAUUAAGAGUAGUGAAAAAUCAAUUAAUGUAUCCAUAGUUUCUCUCUAUGUAGUAACCUAUUACUACUCUAGUUAUAGUAUUUAGCAAGAUUGGGGCUCAGUCAGUGGAACAAAAGAAAUGAAAAUAUAGCCUGUGUUCAAGUUAUAUAAAGGGUAACAUGAACCCCUUAAAAAAAUGAAAGUAUGUUUGCUGGCAACUUCUCAAAAUGAAGCAACAUGUAUGCUUUUCCAUCGGCUAUUCACUUUACUGCCAGUGGAAAGGAAUUCCAGGGAGAUUAGUCGCCCCGAAUCUUCCCAUUGCCUUAAAUGGUGCAAAGUUUGCUAAUGGUCUAAUCACCUAUAGCAAACAAUCAGCAGGUACUAGUUACUGGUCACCCAUAUAUGGGGGACAGAACUACCACAGGCUUCGAGCUACUGCCGCAUAGUCCUGAUUCUCAGUCUGCUGAGAAUCCGCCCCUACACUGUCAUCAACCUUUCGCUGUGCCUGCACCCGGAGCCAUUGUGUUGGCCCAGGUGCAGACACACCAAGUGGGUAAGCAUUUUGGUGCUGGAAUCCACUCCAUAUGCCUGCACCAAUACUUGACUGGCAAUAUGUGGGUUCUGGCAAAUGCCAGAGGGGCUGCUGUAAGGUGUCACUAUUUAUUGGGCUGGUGGGGGGCUGUUUGGGCCUCUGUGUACUUGAAAUGCUAGGGCCUAUUUUGAAUCCCAGUCCAGAUGUGCUUGUAACGUAAGAAGGAUGUGGACCUUGUGGAAAUAUUAAAAUACAAAAAGCAACAUAAGAGCAUAGCUCUGCUCUGCUUAUUUUCUGUAUGUCAUAAUAGGAUUAUUAAAUUAUUUCCUAGCUGCUAAAAUAAAAAAUAAAACCUAUCAUAUGUAUUUAUUUUAUUCCUUCACUUUUCAUGUUCCAGUUUAACGUAAUUUACUAUAAUCCUGAUAUUGUGUUCUCUUUAGCCACAUAACCUUUCCAACCAACAAACACUUGCAGUGUGUAUGGUGGUACAAAGAAUUCUGAGUCUCAUUCUAAAUAGCAGUGCCUUAAGCACUAGCCUGAAAUCUUUAUGGAUGAGUGCACUUGUCUAAGGAAUCAGCGUAACAGUAAAAUUGCUGCCUGUGUCAUGUAAGUGCUUUUAUUCCUAAAGGGAGUUACGGCACACUCUAUUGUGUCCCAAUGCAGCAUACACACACAUAUAUCAGAAUUCACAUACUGCAUGGACAUCAAGUGUAUCCAAUACAUACAGUGCAGUAUAUUAAAGAAUAAGCAGGGCUUAUUGUAUGAAUAUGUACGGAGACUAAGAAGACAGUAAUAACUAAAAGCAGAUGUUUUUAGCUGCAUUAAGCUUUGGUUCCUUCUUGUGAAAUUAGAUUUUGCAGACGUGCAAAUGUGCACAUGUAGAGUAACUCACAUCAUUCAAUCAAUAGCUAGCUUUUAUAUGUCCAGUACAGUCUGAAUAAUGCAACACAGGAAUUUACUGGCAGGGCAUGUAAAAAUGAUGCCUCACACCCUAAUAAAUUAUUUUUCUUUAAGUACAGCCCCUUUGACUGGCAGCCAUUUAUCAUACAUCCACAUUUUAUGCAGCUCUUCUACAAACAAUGUACAUUUGUAUAUUUGCACCAGUUUUCUCAAUAAAGUGUGUUAACUUAA